AUGUUGCAGAUCCUACCAAUGCUGCUGCUGGAAACACAGCUCUCCAUGGUUUCAGGUGAGACUUUAUUUACAGUUGAAGUUCCCCAACAGCUGUACAUUGUGGAGUAUGGUAGCAAUGUGACCAUGGAAUGCAGAUUCCCUGUGAACGGCUCAUUAAACCUAGGACUCCUGACUGUUGUUUGGGAGCAAAAAAGGCAGGGCCAGUCGAAAUCAAAAGAGGUGUACACGCUCCGCAAUGGGAAGGCUUUCUCUCUAUCCCAACAUCAUGAUUACAUAGGAAGAGCAACACUUCUGCACAGUGAACUGAAAUUGGGACGAGCUCUCCUUCAGAUCACCAGCGUGAAGAUCACAGAUGCGGGAUCAUACCUUUGUCUCAUUGACUACCAGGGCGUGGACUACAAGUACAUUACUUUGGAAGUAAAAGCAUCUUACAAAAGAAUAAACACACAAGUAAUGAGAAAACCAGGUGAAGACAAGUUUGUUUUUAUGUGCCAGUCAGAAGGCUUUCCUUUGGCAGAGGUUUUCUGGCAAAAUGAGAAGAACUUCAAUCUCAGUGGAUCUGCAAAUACUACCUAUACGCUGACCACAGAUGGUCUUUACAAUGUCACCAGCAUCCUGACGUUCAAACCAAGUAUGAGUGAGAACUACAGCUGCGUGUUCUGGAAUAAAGAACUGAAUGGAGAAACUUCAGCUCACAUUUCCAUUUUAGCUUUAAUGAGUACACAGUAUAGUGGACAAAAAUCCCCGAUCUUAUUUAUUGUCCCCACAUGUGUGAUGGUAGCUGUCCUUCCCUCUGCACUAAUAAUCUUUAAAAAGAGAAAAUCACUCAAGAAUGGGCAACCCAGAAGAGAGAGGAAAAGAAAACUGAACCCUAACCUGAAAGAUGAGAACAGAGAUGAUUUUAACUCUCAAACUGAGGCUUUAUACUUGUCGACUGUCACAGCUUCAAGAGACAGUGGGAGUCACCUGGCAGCAGCUUCACGCCAACGCCACGAUGCUGCCCACACCCUGCGCCUGUGCUCACCUUGUCCCCAGAACACGGCCUCGACGGCAACACCCGCGCUCGCAGGUCCUUCUCACCCAGACUUCUCUUUAUCACCUACAGCAGCCCUGCCCGGCACCCCUCUGUCAAUAAACGACCUCUUCAUCUCCCGAGCCGCCGGCUGGGGGCGGAGGCGACCUACUUCGUGCGAAGGGUCCGACCGCACCCGGCCCCGACGCAGGCCGGGGCCUCCCAGGGCCGUGAGGCGUCAGCAGCCCCAGCGCCGGCGGCGGCGGCAGCCAGAGGCCGAGCCGUACGCCGGCACCGCAGCCUCCCGGCUUGCCUGUUCGGGACGUGCCUUGCGGGCUCGUCCGGGGCCCGGCAGGGAGGCCUCGGCCGCCCCCCUCCCGGACGCGGGCGGCGGCGGUGAGCCGAGGGGUCCCGUCGUCUCGCUGGUGAUUAUGCGUGGCGGGCCCCGGGCCGGUGGUCAGAGCCCUUCGUCUGGAGGCCAUCGAGCGGGCAGCGAGCCCUCCUGCCUCUCUUCUUCGGCUGAUGUCCCCGCCGGCCCCCGCCUAGGCUAG